AUGGAGAGUGGACAGUCAAGUCAAUUAAAAGGAAGUAGAAGGGUGUGGAAAGCACAUGAGGAAGAAGCAUUGUUGACCAUACUUGAGGAUGUGGUUAACCGUGGUUUACGAUGUGAUAAUGGUUCCUUUAAAUCUGGAACAAUGAUCCAAAUUGAAAAAUCAUUAGCUGAGAAAUUUCCCAAUACUGAUUUAAGGGCAGUCCCACAUAUUGUGUCCAAGAUGAGAUUUUGGAAAAAAUUGUAUGGAAUAAUAUUUGACAUGAUUAACAAAAGUGGUUUUGCUUGGAAUGAUUCUUUGAAAUGCAUUGAGCAUAACAAGGAUACUGAUGGUUGGAGGGGGAAACAAUGUCUAAUAUAUGAUAGGUUGAAGAAUAUAUUUGGGAAGGACCGAGCAAUUGAUAGAGGGUAUGCAACUCCCAUUGAAAUGAUGAAUGAGUCUGUGCAUCACAUUGAUGUCAAUGAUGAUGAUGAGGAAGUUGAGGUUGAUCCAGAACAUUUUGCCUCUUUGCCAAGAUCAAAUCAACAAAACUCAGCUAGCUCAAGCAGUCGACACCGCAAACGAAAUGUAGAUACUGAUAUUCAAAAGGAAAUGGCUAAAGCAUUUGGUGAGAUGAUUUCUGAGUCUGUUGACCAAUUGAAAACUAUAACUAAUAGUUUGGUGAAAGGAUCAGAACUAAGACCUGACAUUGCUGCUGAAUUGGCAAAGAUGGACUUGUCUAUUAAUGACCAAAUUAAGGCACUACGGCUAAUUUUGGAGAAAGCAAGUGAUGAGAGAACAUUCCUGACAUUGGAUGGUGCUAUGCGAAAAACAUUUGUUCUUCUCUUACUUGGGACGAGGGAGCUGUGA